CGCCCGUGUCCGAUCGGUAUCAGCCCGGUGCGUGUGAUCGGUCUGGAGGAGAGGUAGGUGAACGGAAGGAGGAAUUUAUUCGCCCGGAGGCGAGCGCGGCUUUGUCCCGCAUCCUGCGCCAAGAAGCAUCACCUUGAGGGUUUAAACGCACCGACGUCCAACUUCUCAGCUCUGGUGUGUCGCUGCCAUGGCGACCCUGACCUCCUCCGUCUUACGGAUCUAUGCUGUCCUCCAAUUGGCUGGCUGCUCAUUUCCAGAGGAACCUGGUCCUUUAAUCUCCGCCCCUGCUGAGGUGGUAAGACGAUAUCCAGCUUUUGUUGGCCGAGCACAUCGCUCGUACACACGUCAAGAGCAACUGUACAUUCAGACAGUCCUUAAAGUCAACCGCACACUCUACAUUGGAGCCAGAGAUGACCUUUAUCGAGUGGAACUGGACCAUGUAUCUGGAGAUGAAAUGUUCUACAGCAAGAAAAGGACAUGGGAAUCCAACAAGAAUGAUAUCAGGAUCUGUAGAAUGAAGGGCAAACAUGAAGAGGAGUGUCGUAAUUACAUAAAGGUGUUGUUGAGUCAUGAUGGAGGGCUCUUUGUGUGCGGGACAAAUGCUUUCAACCCCCUGUGUGCCAAUUACACGAGAGACUCUCUGGAACUGGUUGGAGAGCCCAUCAGUGGAAUGGCCCGCUGUCCUUAUGACCCUAAACAUGCUAAUGUGGCCCUAUUUGCAGAGGGCAGCCUGUUCACAGGGACAGUGACUGACUUCCUAGCUAUUGAUGCCGUCAUUUACCGCAGUCUGGGAGAAAGUUCGGCCUUGCGGACUAUCAAACACGAUUCCAAAUGGUUCAGAGAGCCAUAUUUUGUAAGUGCCGUGGAAUGGGGGUCUCAUAUCUACUUUUUCUUCAGAGAGAUGGCCAUGGAGUUCAACUACUUGGAGAAGGUGAUGGUGUCCCGUGUGGCAAGAGUGUGUAAAGGUGAUCUGGGCGGCUCACAGCGAGUGUUAGAGCGCCAGUGGACGUCGUUUCUGAAGGCACGUCUGAACUGCUCCAUCCCUGGAGAUUCACACUUUUAUUUCAACCUGCUGCAGUCUACCAGCCCCAUCAUACGCAUGCAGGGCAGAGAUGUCAUACUGGGUGUCUUCUCUACACCCUCAAACAGCAUCCCCGGCUCAGCAGUGUGUGCGUUUGACAUGCAGCAGCUGGCACGUGUGUUUGAGGGAAGAUUCAAGGAGCAGAAAUCACCAGAGUCCAUAUGGACACCAGUACCUGACGAACUGGUACCUAAACCCAGGCCUGGAGGCUGUGUUGUCCAGGGUUCGAGAUUCAGUUCCUCCAACACUCUUCCAGAUGAAGUGCUGAAUUUCAUCAAGACUCAUCCUCUGAUGGAUGAGGCGGUCCCCUUGCUGGGACAUAGACCCUGGAUAGUCAAGACCAUGGUGCGGUACCAGCUGAACACAAUGGUGGUGGACACUGAGGCAGGCCCCUAUCGGAACCGGACUGUGGUGUUCCUUGGAUCCACCAGAGGAACUGUUCUCAAGUUCCUUAUCACAACCAGCUCAGAGAACCCAUAUUCCAACAGCAAUAUAUUUUUGGAAGAACUGGAGGGCUACAACCAAGAGAGGUGUGGCGAUGACUCCAUACAGGCACGGCAGCCUUUUUCUUUGACCCUGGAUAAACCCAGUCACACCCUGCUGGUGGCCUUCCACUCCUGUGUGGUGAGAGUUCCCGUCGCACGCUGCCAACUGCACUCCAGAUGCAUGAAGAACUGCAUUGCGUCCAGAGAUCCGUACUGCGGCUGGACUCGAGGAAGCACCUGUUCACUCCUGAGGCCUGGCACCAGAUUACCUUUUGUGCAGGACAUUGAAUACGGCAACACCUCACAUCUCGGAGACUGUGAUGGCCUUUUACGUGAAAGUUUCUUGGAUGAACCUGAAAGUCUCGUUACUUUGAACCUGUUGGUAGUCGCCGCAGUUUCUGCAUUCUCUACUGGGGCAGCGCUCUCUGGUCUGGCUGUGUGCUGGAUCAUGGGCCAGAAACACCGCCACCAUUCGCAAAGUAACACCCCCUCCUCCAAUGGGCAGCGGAAGAGCGAGAAGGAACGUUGCAUCAUGGAACAAAGUAGGAGUGGCUCUGUUAUGAGCGUAUCGCGACAUAGCGGCACAGACCGCCCACGCUCUCAGGGUGAGACACUCUUCGUCAUGCCUAACGGAUGGGUGAAAGCAGGCGACCUGGAUCCUGGUCUGCUUCCCACGCCCGAGCAAACACCCCUGCAGCAGAAACGUGGGUUACGCCUGUCCGACUCCGGAUCCAACUGGGACCAAAGUCAGACCUUCUUGAGCUCGGUGGGAACCCAGUGCCCACCUCCUCCUUCCGCCUUGUUUCUCAGCUCUAAAUUCUUACAAGGCACCGGGCGAUGCCAUGAGGAGUCCAUUGAAACCGGCAUUGACCGUCAACGUUACGUGUCCCUCUCAAAGUACCGUGAUCAGGGCAUACGCCCAGGCACCCUGCUUCGCAAGUCAGCAGGCGAAUACAACUACCCCAUGACCCCCCAGGACUCACCUGACCGACGGAGGGUGGUGUCGGCUCCCAGCACCCAAAUUGAGUAUAGCGGAGAGCCUCUUUGUUGGACCCAUGAAGGAUACUUCAUCAGCAGUCAUGGCUUACCCCCAUCCAGCCACCACUACACCCCAGUGUCGCAGCUUCCUGCGGGACUAACGCGUACUGUGCUUCAUGGGUCUCGGGGGCUGAUUGACCUGGCUGACUUCAGUCACCUACUCGGGAAGGGAGGAAGUGAUCGGACGCCCACUGGCCAGUGAAUGCAGAGAAAGAUGGAUGAGAGGAGUGAGAAUAUGUAGAAAUGCGAGAGGCUGAAUCCUCAUAUCGACUGCAGAGUCGGCGCAUCUUGGCCAACCACAGCAGCUCUCUGUCUUUCUUUCUUUCUUCAUCUGCCCAUUGUCUUGUUUUAUGCUUAUCUCAUUUGUCAGGAACUGCUGUCACACAUUGCAUGAGGACAGACAAAAUGGACCUCUUUCACUAAGAGAUGAGCAGCCAACUCAACUCUCUCUCUCUCUCUCUUUAUUACUCACAAAUAUAGAAAUAUACGUAGGAUGUGUUGUUCCCAGUGGCUGUCACUUUUGCUGAGUGUCUGACUAUGAGUGCGGCCAACCGAACGUAAUUGUGUCUUUAUUGGAUGGAGGAAAGAACAGCAGCCUGUCGUCUUAAAGACUCUAUCUAUCCCGGAAUCUGUUCACACUUAGACUAAUUUGAGAUGGUUUCCACUUUCAGCAGAUUUGUAUAUUUGAUAAUAGCAUUUAAUUUGGUAAUUGUGCUGGGACAUGGGACAAUGGUUUAGUCAAAAUAAAUGCAGAACAGUUACCCAAGUCUCAACAACAUCUUGGAAACUGAGCUGUCGCCAGUGGUUGGACUUGUCCAGUUUGGAUCCAGUUGGGUUCAUUUCCAGCUAAGUUGGGUCAUAGGACUCUCAGGGUAGUCCAGACAGUUUGGGUUGGUUGCCAGGGUGGGCUUGGCUUACGACUGGGGGGGCAAGGACCACCCUGAUCCCCCGGUGUACCUAGGGAUUGGUUCCAAUGCUCAAAUCUACACCUUGACAUAUGUCUACGAGAUCAAAUACAAACAAUUUUGAUGCAUUGCUUUGACCAAAAUUUGUGGGUAGAAAACAUUUUUGUGGUAUAUUUGGGAUGCUUUUUUGUGAUCGCGACUUUGUGUGUCUGUAUUUUUUCUCUACUGAGUGAGCUGAAGACUUUACCUCAGUUUUACCUCAGCCCUAAAUCCAGACUUUAGAAUGAAUGAUGAGAAAGAGAGAGAGAAAGAGAGAGAACAUUGGUCAGAUGAGUUACAUGGCCAAAACCACAUAUGAAGUCUUGUGUUCUGUGUAGCUUUGUAUGGAGACUGAGUUUUAUCAGACACUUAAGGAGCACUAAGAACUUUCUGGACUCAGUGUGUUUUUUGUCUGUUUUAUUUCUUCCUUUUUGUACAGUGAACUUUGUACGCAGUAUGACAAGUCAUGAAACACAGAAUCAAGGUUAAUACACCUUUCUAGAAAGACACAAUAGGAGAUGGAAAGAAAGAGAUAGAGAAAUUGUCUUAGGGACUCAUGGACUUUCUGAGCAAUUAUAUGCCAUUUUAAGACAAUAACGGCUGUCUUAUUCCCUUUUGUUUCUUCUGGACUCUGAAAGAGAGAGCAAACAAGAAGGGAAAACCAGAGAAGAGAGAUUACAAUGAGAGAACUAAAGCAAACUAAAGGACUACAAAGUCAAGAGAUGUCAUGGAUCUUGUUGAUGGAAAACCAGUGUGUUAUGCCAUUGGGUGUUUGUGUGUCUGUGAAGUGACCAGUCAUUAUCCACAAUAAUACACUUCCCAAAUUUUGUUUUGGUUUUAGUCAUGGAACCCAUGAUUUAUUGUUCAUUUUAACACUUCUUGAAACUAAUGUAUAAAAAUGUCCCCUUUUCUGUAUGGUCUAUGGAAAGUUCUAUAUAAUGAAUAUAGUAUUAGAAAUAGGGCUUGAACCUGCAUCCAUCUAGAUGUCUGUUGUUCAUUCCUAGUCAUGUACCUGGGAACUUUUACAAAUCAGUGUGUGUCCUAAGAUCAUUAGAUCACCAUCUCAGAGUUUGACAUGGAUAGCAUGAUCACAUUUUCACCAAAACACUCUUUGAUUUAGUUCCAAACCUCUUUCGUUCAGCCCCGUUUCACGGCCGGCCCACCGGAAAAAGUCCCGUUUCUCCUA